UGUAUUGUGAACUUUAAUACAGCAACAAAGAACAAUAACAACGAGAAAACUGGGAAUUAAAAUUAAUUUAAAUGUUAAAAGUUGGUAGUUACGCCACGAUAGAAUAAUAUUUGCUGGCAGCUAUUGAUAUUUAAUAACUUUUUUAAUCCUGAUGAGUUCGGUUUGCUCUACGGCACUUUGGAGAAUUAUUUCACCGCAGUAAUUAUUUUCAGAAGACGCUUUAUUAACAACUAAACCGUCACCACAAACUCUACGAGAACGCCUUUUUUGGGAAACGGGAAACAGCGUCGCGAUUUUCAUACUGAGAUUAUUUUCAACUCACGCUGCGCUACGUGCUAAUGGUCUAAUGCUAACCGGAGGCUGGGGGAUUUCGGUAGUUUCGACUCUCCAGUUUCGAGAGCGCCAGUGUGACAGCAUCCGGCCAUAAUUUACCCCUUAACUGCAUGCUGCCGAAUUGGCCUCCAUCUUUUACUGAGUAUGGACCCGGUUCGCGAGGGCGUUCUGUACUGGACCAUACGCCUAAAUGGCUGCAUUGGGGACUGAUCAUGGGACAGUCACAGUCGUCCCUCCAUGCGUGUGUCCUAUGCAGGGAAAUUUUGGCCGGCGCAGCCUCCUUCAAACUGCGCCUUCUGCCGAGCAAUGCCGAGACUGUGCCGCCAACCGAUAUUACCUCGACCGUCUGGCGACGGUCUUUGAGAUUGUUAACGCCGCAAGCACGUUUACGGGAUUUGGAGCGUUGAUUGGGUAUGUCGACCACCUAUGGACGAACCUCAGCCUGGUAUCCAUCUUUGUCUGGUCCUUCACCAUCGCCAUCGGGACGGCGCAGUUGGACGAGCAUACCACCAAGCCGUCGACGCGUCUGGCUACCGCCAAUCUCUUUAUGUACCUCCUGCUCUUUUCCGUGCUGACCAGUGCGGGUCCUUUGGCUGUGAUUGCGUAUCAGUUUUGGGUGGAAGCGUACAACGCCCUGACGUCCGAUGCAACGGUCGACGUGUGGAGAGCCAACACUAUGCCGCCGGGAUCUGUGCGGCAGGUAGCGGAAUGUGAUUCCCAGGAGACGCUCAAACUCGCGCAGACCGCACUGCGUGCCAAUGCGAGUUCGGUGCUGGAAGGGUGUCGAUACGAGAGCGUCCCGGUGGUACCAACUUGGCAGUCAUUGAGUAUCGCGAAAUGGACAGCGUACGGUGUGACCUUGAUCAGUCUAUCUGUGGGCGUCGCAGUCUGGUUGUACGGCGUGCACUGCUAUUUUGCGCGACUGCGCCAUGUCCAACGCAUCCUCGACAACGGCGGCUACAUCGACUGCAUACCGUCCUAUCUCAGUUCGGAUGAACCUAUCCAUACAGCCAGCCAUAUCGGCGAUCCGGUCCUCGAGAAGAAAUUGGCCGAAUACUUCAGUAAAGCGGAUGCCGAUAAAGAGAGCCUGGAAGAUUUUCUUGAGCGCACCAUCAAUGAGAUUUGUCGUAGCGGGCAGUCAGAACUUGUCAGUGAUUUAUGUGGUUAUAAAAAACGGCGAUAACAGCUACAAGUCAUGUUUAUCAGUUUUGAUGUUUUUUAUUCAAAAUUCAAAAAGAAAUACUGAAACCUGAAAAUACUGAAACGCGU